AUGCCGCUACUUACUGCCAAACACUAUGAGGAAGGACGACACAUCCAACAAACUGUUGAUGAGUUCAACCCAUAUAAUUUACAAAACUACACAAUCAGAGAUGAUGACGAGAUCACUUCUUCUGAUGAGUAUGAUGAGGAGGAAAAUGAGGAUCCAAACUCCCAAUCUUGGCUCGAAUCUGGGGCUCGCGCGACGACUGCAUCACAAGUAGACGACGGAGAAUCUGGAAAAAUAAGGCGUCCUCGAAGCGCUUCUCCCUUCAAGAAAAGCCUGAGCUCUCUAUUCAAAAGAUCUUCAGGAAGCGAUGAGGAAACCCACGAAAAGCGGGAACCCUCGAGGGAGCCUGAAUCUUCAAAAGAACCUGACACUGUUCUUUCGUUCAUUAGUAAAGAAGAUAGUAGUGAUACGAUUUCGAAUUCGACGAGAUUUUGGCGGUCUUGGAAGCAUCGCAAUCACAAGCAUGAUGAAGAGAAAAGGAGCAAAAUAACACCGAAGUCAAAGGAGGGCAGCAACUCGGAGACUACUCCGACAUGCACCGAUGUGUCAUUAACGAGGCGAGGGAGUAACAUGGCAAAACUCUUGGAUCUAGAGUUGCAAGUUGAAGAGGAUGACUUAGAGAAUAUUAAGGUUAACAAGGCCUCUGAAAAAGAUCUCGGACCGAACAUCUCCGACAGCACUACCGCAGAAACACCAGAGACCAAAAAAGAACUAGAUUACAUAGAACCAUGCGAACCUAGCUCUUCUUUGAGGGAAUUCUGCGAUGGUUUUGAAAAUAAUACUGACUUAGCUUCCGAUGAAGUCCGCAUGCCUUCACCGCUUACACCAGUUGAUGAUGUUGUGGUAUGGAAAAAGGAUAAGCUCAGUUUUGGAGCCGAACAAUAUCGUCAUGUGUUUCAAAAUUCUAACGCCUAUGCUGCUGGCUUGACGAAAUUUGAUGAAAUGAAAGUUGAUAGGCGCUCAAAAACGUAUGCUAAUUUUUCCAUCGUACUACAACUCUUGGAAGGCACUAAAGAUGAAAUAUCAGAUUUGAGAUCGUUACUGGAACUCUCUGAUGAUAUUUUAGUUUUAGCUCGUAGAAUCUCCAGAAAAGCCAGUAAAUUGAGUGACGAGAACUCGCAGUUUGAAUUAAGGCUGAAAACUUUAACAAAAUAUCAAAAAGAAGAUCCAAACGCGUAUGAAAUUGAACAAAAAAAUGCCAAAAUUAAUGAACUGGAAUUAGAACUCAGUAACACCAAGGAAAAAUAUGAAACGAGCCUUGAGGACUUGUACAGUUCCCGCAAAGAGUUAAAGGCCACACGGGAAGAACUUAUUCAGGCAAGGCACACCGUUGAUGACAAUGAGCAGUUAAUUAAUACUUUGAGAACCGACCUCCAAAAAGAACAGACUAAUUUAAAAUCUGUGGAGGAAACUUGUAAGAAUGACUUAAAGCUAAAAGCUGAUGAGGCAGACAAAAACUUGACUGAUUUUAAUAAUGUCAAGGAAGAGCUGUCAUCAUUAACUAUGAAAUAUAAAAAUCUCGAGUUUGACCAUCAACUUGUGAAAGAGCAGCAUGAGUCUUCAAGAGAUAGGCUUUGCGAUUUGGUCCAUUCGUUGACGGAACAUGAGUCAAUUGAAAGACAAUUGAGGGAAAAAGUGACUCAAUUAGAAACUAACUCCGUGAAGAGUGACAACAAGAUAUCUGAUCUCAAGAGAGCUAACGGCCGCAUACAACAAGAUUACCACAGAGAAAGACGUAAAGUUCUUGAUUUGCGUAAGGACCUCAAACUUCUUACAAGCCAAUUGGAGUUGAUAGGAUGUCAUAAGGAUGAAGCACUACAAUUCAUGGCCCAACUUAUGAUGUCCUAUCGUAGCAUUUUGAGCGCAGAUACGAUGACAGAAUGCGACACCUAUCUGCAAUCGUUGAACUCUAACACACUGUUCAAUAAUAUGAUGUUUGAUCCGAAUACAUCACUUAACGAACAAUUACUCAAAGAACAAGGAGAAGAAGAGCGCUUGAGAGUGAUUACUUUCUAUCGUCAAUUCGCCAAGGUUCAACUACUAGAUCAGGUAGUUGCGAAACACAUUUCGUAUAUGAGAUCGAACAGUUUCUUAUCGCAGCAACUGCGCGGCUUAAGGAAACAACUUCAGGACAAUGAAGAAUAUAUAGCCCGAUUGCUGAAAGACUGCAAAACACAAAGGACUCUAAUAUCUAAACAGGAUGAAAAGAUCGUUCAAUUAAAAAAGGUGAACUCUAACCACCGAUCAAAAGACAAGGGUUUGAAUGAUAGAAAUAUUGUAUAA